AUGCUAACAAUACUUGAGCAAAUGGAACGGUUACGUGUGGCAUGGAAAGCAGCCGAAGAAAGAGCUAGUUAUCAAGAGCAAAUGAAUGCGAAAUCGUCAUCUGAAAUCGAGUCGCUGUCAUCUCAGCUCCGGCGAUGUAAUGCUGAAUUGGUUGACGCCCGUGCACAAAUUAGGGCUCAAUUGCAAGAAAUUCAUGCUAUGCGAGCAGACCUGGACGAGACGGUUGAUCGUUUAAAAUUAGUGAAGGAGCUGUUAAAGUCAGACCUCGACAAUCUUCCACCGGAAACUCGCAAACAACUUGCAUUUCUUCGUAAUCCUGAUCUUGGAAGGGCGAAUUCUAAGCAGGUGGCCAGAGAGCAUUACAUGGAAGGUGACACAGAAGAAACUAUGGAUUACGAUUUGAGUAGUAAUACAUUAGAUACACUUGAUGACGUUGAUGACGACGAACACGUAAGGCGUGCCAGAAACCAUUCUGUGGGUUUGCGAGGUCGUCGUUCCAUAUCGGGACAUGCACAUCCGGCAGGAUCUUCUAAACGAAGAAGCAGCCUUGUGCGUGACACUGCGCCAGCAACUAUCAGUGAAAACGACGAAACUCGUGAUUCUCCGCUUCCUCCAAAGCGAAUAAGGGAUACUACCGAAGAAAUCACAACCACAACUACCGUUACUGUCGAUCCGAGUAGGCGUAAGCCCUCACAGGCUAAGGUCACGAUUAGAAGAAGUAUGAACAGGAGUAUGUCGGCAAAUGAUCUGUUAGCAGGCCAGGCAAAAACACCAGCCAGUGCUGCGAGGACUCCAUUUGUUCCACGAACUGCUAGUACACUUGAAUUGCGAUCGCAGAAACGUAUCGGAAGUCGAUCUUGGACUCAUGGUAUGCCGAUUGCGACACGUCCUCAUAAUUUCCAAGCCCUCUCGACGUACUUCAAGAUCACCUCUUGCGAUGUGUGCCAUGGUGGAAUUAACUUCGCUGCAAAGCCUGCAUACAAGUGCCAUGAUUGCCUCCAACUUACUCAUGUUUCUUGCUCAUCCCGUCUUCUUUUGCCAUGUGUUCCUCGUACUGUUACUCUACCGCGCACUCCCAACAAACGCGGACAGCAGUUCUAUAAUCUACAGGAGAAGGGCAGCUUUCGAUCACUAACAAAAUUUCUUAAGGACUUUUGCCCUCCGUUGCCACCUAUGAUCGCCUAUCCCGUAAUCUACUGCGUGGUGGAUUUGGAGAAUCGAGGACUCAGUCGAGAAGGAUUAUAUCGUGUUCCAGGAAGAAAGGAUCACGUACAAAGUGUCUUGAAUGAGCUCCGUACAUCUCGUGGCGUCCCUAAACUCGCCUUCCAAGAUAUUGAAGUGAUUGCAGAUGUCGUCAAGUCGUUUUUGCGAGAACUGAGAGAUCCGCUCGUGCCAAAAUCUUCCCGUGAAGAAUUCAUCCGUGCCGCGCAGACAGGCAACAUUUUAGCCCUAAAUGUUGCCAUUUGUGAUCUUCCUCAAACAAACAGAGACACCUUGUCAUACCUCAUGCUUCACUUGCAGAAAGUAGAAGCAUUGAAGGACGUGAACAAGAUGUCUGCUGAGAACAUUGCCCGUUGCUUGGCUAUCCCAAUCAUGGGACAAACAGCAUAUCCUCGCGGCGAUAUACACGUGGCAUCGAGCGAUGCGCGUGAGAAAGAGCGCUCUGUAUUGCAGAUGUUGAAGAUGCCCUCGGAAUAUUGGCUUCAAUUCCUCAAUCCGGAAUCGUCAAGUCAAGAGGCAGCCGGUUAUGGUGUCACUCCAGCAUCCGCACCUCCCUAUGAGGAAAUUAGCCGAGUUCCCGCAUCAGCACCGCCCUACGAGUCGUGUCCAGAUCAAAGUAUGCUUGGUCCGCUCACAAAGUCUCCCACUUCACACCUUUUGCGACCUAUUCCGAAGCGACCUAAAAAGUUCUUCGAUAGUCCCAAAUAUGAUAAUAUGUAA